GUUGAUCGCUGCUAUCCGAGAAACUGCCGUGGCUUCUACUGUCCGAACGCCCACUACCCGCACGAGCUGCGUGAUUCGAGGGACGUGGUCGUUACUCCGCCUUCGGCAGAAAAUGAAGACGAGGCAGAGGAGGUUCCUUCCGAUCUUCUCCCGUUUGACGAAAUACUUCGCCUGGAUGCCGCAGAAUGGCGCACGAAAGGAG